AUGCCUUUUAUGUACGUCAAGAACUGGGGUGGACGACGCGGCGGCGGUGGCGUCACUGUCGACAGACACGGUAUGAGCACUAUCUUCGCAUUUCAAACCAAGGACUUGUGGCACAACACUUCUGAGUCCGACACCGACAUGGUCGAUUCACAAUAUCUGGCCCGGCCGAUCUGGAAUCAGAUCAAUUUGAUGGUCGACUCGUGA